CUUGCAGCACUAUCAGCUGGUAGACUUUUUGCCAUCGUGAGCAAAAGUUUCAAUUUAUUUUAACAAUUAAAAACAGUAAGCUUGCAAAAUGGUUUUAACUAGCGAACAGGUGCCACAGGCUGACGUCCAGACUUUGAAGAGCAAACACAAGAAGCAAAGGCAACGCAAUCGACCGCGCAACAAACGAAAUCGCCUGGAAGAUAACCAUCUAACGACUCCAGAGACCUCAGCCACCGAUUCUGCCAGUGCAAUGCCAGGAACUCAGGAUGCAGUGGCCUCGGAGAAGACGCGGGACCAAGUAAUGGCCGAGAGGGAGGCCAAAAAGCUGGCCAAGCAGGCCAAGAAACAGAAUAAGGCUCCGACUCCUGCCUUUCCCGCUGCUUCCGCUACUCCGGCCACCAAAAUCAUCACCGAGGUGGAGCAGACGACCAUCACCACCAAGCUGACUACAACCACCACAACCAAAGCCCAGGAGAAAGUAGAUUCACUCACUCCAAAGACAGCUCCGCCUGCGGUGGUAAAUGGCAAGGAUGCGGAGGCGGGUGAAAAGUCGAGGGAGCAGAUCAAGGCAGAUCGCGAAGCCAAGAAGGCGGCCAAAAAAGCUGGCAAGGGCGCAGGAGCCAAAGUGGAGGCCACCACCCAACAGUUGACUGAUCUAAAAGUUUCGGAUAAAGCUCCAGCUCCAGCUAAAAUUGCUCCUCCAGCCACAGAAAAUGAUCAGGAAAAGAAAAAGCCAGCACUCAGCAAGGCAGAAAGACGCGCCAUUCAAGAAGCCCAACGAGCAGCCAAGGCCCAAGGACAGGCUAAAAAACCGCAGCCCGCUGGCCAGGCACCUCCUCCCUCCGCUGCCCCGAAGGAGCCUAAGCGGGAGAGCGUCUCCCCCACAAAAGCGGCCACAAGCAGCUCUCCCAGCAAGUGUCCAGCAAGCACUCCAAGCGGAGAUUGCCGGGUAAAGCUGUUCAACCACCUGGUGUGCGCCAAGGAAGAUAGCCAUUUCAUCAACGAUCCGCUCGUGCAUCCGAGCAUAGCGCGACUGGGUGUCCAGUAUGCCAAGCGCACGGUGGUGGGGUCCAACGCGCGAUGCAUCGCCUUCCUGCACGCCCUGCGCCAGGUGGUGCACGAUUUCGAGACGCCCGCCAAGAAGGAGUUCGGUCGCAGCUUAGACGCUGCUGUGAAACACCACGUAGACCACCUGCACAAGUGCCGACCGCUGGCCGUGUCCGUGUCCAAUGCCUACAAACAGUUUAAGAACCAACUAACACAGCUACCAGCAGAUAUUCCAGAGACGGAGCUUAAGGAACUCCUCGGCCACUUUAUCGAUACUUAUAUUGAAAACCAAAUCGGCAAGGCAGCCCAAGCAAUCAGCGGCUUCCUGCAGGAGAAAAUCACCGAUGGCGAUGUGCUGCUGACCUUUGCCUGCUCCUCGCUGAUCCAGUUCAUCUGCGAGGAGGCCAAGCGGCGCAAGGUGGCCUUCCGGGUGAUUGUGGUCGAUUCCCGGCCCGGAUGCGAAGGUCAGGAGAUGCUGCGCCGACUGCACGCCUAUGGAAUCCCAUGCACCUACGUGCUGAUCAAUGCCGUGGGCUAUGUGAUGGCGGAAGCCACCAAGGUUCUGUUGGGAGCGCACGCCCUGCUGGCCAACGGCUAUGUGAUGGCGCGCACAGGAACCGCCCAGGUGGCCCUGGUGGCCAAUGCCCACAAUGUGCCAGUGCUCGUGUGCUGCGAGACGCACAAGUUCAGCGAGCGCUUCCAGACUGACGCCAUCGUCUACAACGAGUUGAGCGAUCCCAACCAACUGGUGCGCGGCGACAAGUGCCAGUUGAACAACUGGAAGGCCAAGGGCAAGCUGAUGCCCCUCAACCUCAACUACGACAUUACUCCGCCGGAGCUGGUGAGUGCGGUGGUCACCGAAGUGGCCAUCCUGCCAUGCACCAGUGUCCCGGUCAUUCUGCGCAUCAAGCCCGACAUUGGCUACUAAAUCCGACUUCUUCGAUCGCUUCACUCGCAGUUGUUGAAUAAAUAAGUUUUAUUACACUUUGAUCAAAUCGAUAAACAA